GUCAGUUGAAUAGAAGUUCCUGCCUAUUUGACCAACAACAUGUUAUUUUGCUUAAACAAGCAACAAGCCCCCUAGAAACCCACAAUAAUAAACACUGUUAUGAUAGCACUGCCAGUGCUCCCGUUUUGGCUUUAUGGAUGGGCAGGACAAAUUCUCGAGUGGGCAGAAAUUUCACUCCUGCAAAUUGCAGAUAGCCCCCUGAGCCAGGGGGCUGCAAUGCAGCAGCAACCAUAACUAUGAGGUGUUAAGUGUCGACCCCAGAACAGGAAACAAACUGCAACUGAGAUACACACCCUGCUGAAAAAAAGACCAUUACAACUUAAGUUCCAUUAGUUUUAGUUUUCGUCCAGACCAUUAGUUUGGCUUUGGGAAUUAGCUUAAUGUUUACCAUGAGAGCACUAGUUUGCUGUAGAUCCCAUUAGAAAAACAUCAAAUCCAUCUGUAAUCAACCCCGAAUACCAGUUAGAGUCCUUUACACUGCCAUAUCAACCCAGGAAGACACGGAAUCGCAUUAAAGACUAUUGGACGCCACCAGGAACAAACAGAACUUUUUAAUCUCAAAGGUUUUUUAAUCUUAAGAACUCAUGAUCUAACCUCACUUUGCAUAAUAUCAGUAAUAAACUCGCGACAUUUCUCGGUUAUUCUGGCAUCAUAUAUUAGAUUUAAUGAGCUACUCUAACAUUAAACAGCCGUUUGUUGCUCCACUAUAAUCACCGGUAGAAGGACAGUACGUUAGACCGCACGAUUUCGCCACAGACACUACAUUUCCCAUAAACCGCUGCACACUUCCUCUGAACACUUUCAGUUUCGAUAGUCCGCCUGCACGAAGAAAGGACAUGGGCGUAUAGGAAAACCAGCACAGAGCUACAGCCGGAACCGCUCUCACAGGCAGAGAGGGAAUUCGGCCGUUGACACGGCUGAACUGCUGAUCUCACUCAGAAUGUCUCUGACUGUUUCUCUGCUGUUUCUGCUCUGCAUCUCAGGAGUUGUUGCUCAGGAUGGGUGGGCUGUGAAUUACAACUCUAAAUCUGUCUGUGCUCUAAAGGGGUCUGCAUUAACUAUGGAGUGUACUUACACAUAUCCAAGUGGUCACUCAGUCCAAAAAGCUUUCUGGACUAAAGAGCUGAAUACAUCUGGUUCAGAACCUCCUGAUCUGUCAGAUGAUCCAGAGUACAGAGGCAGAGUUCAGUACCUCGGAGAUGAACACAGUGACUGCACUCUCAGAUUUAAGAACAUGAGAGAAAAGGAUCAAAGUAAAUACUACUUCACAUUUAUAACAAAUCAAACUGGAGGAAAGUAUCAAGGUGAAGGUGGAGUUGAUCUUUCAGUCACAGAUCUCCAGGUGGACGUUCCUGAGAGAGUGAUAGAGGAACAUAAAGUCACUCUCACAUGUAAAACCACCUGCAGUCUGACAGUCAGACCAACAUUCACCUGGUACAGAAAUGGACAUCGUUUAUCCUCCAGUACUGGCCAACUCCACCUGCAGCCGGUCAGCAGUGAUAAUAAGGACAGGUAUCACUGUGCUGUACUGGGUCUGAACUCUCCUGAGGUCACUCUGAAUGUCAGAUAUGGCCCAAAAAGUGUCUCAGUGUCCAUCAGUCCCUCUGGUAAAAUAGUGGAGGGCAGUUCAGUGAAUCUGACCUGCAGCAGUGAUGCAAACCCACCUGUGCAGAACUACACCUGGUUUAAAGGAACAUCAUUAGUAGAAAAAACAAAGACUUACACAAUGAACAAGAUCAGCUCUGUGGACAGUGGAGAAUACAAGUGUAGAUCCAGUAAUGAACAUGGAGAGAAACUCUCUGAAGCUCUAACUCUGAAUGUUUUGUAUCCUCCAAAGAAUGUCAGCGUAUCCUCUAAUACAACAGCAGAUGGCAAGUCAGAGAUUCUGACGUGCAGCAGUGAUGCAAACCCACCUGUGCAGAACUACACCUGGUGUAAAGAAGGUGGAAGUUCACCUGUAGGAUCUGGACACAGUUACAGGGCUCUACAGAGUGGAUCCUACUACUGUGUGGCUCAGAAUGAACACGGAUCUCAGAAAUCAGCUGCUGUCACUGUAGAAGUGACUCCGACCAAUGUUACAAUGAUCGUUGUUGCAGUGAUAGCUGUAUUGGUAGCUCUUUCAUGCAUCAUUUUUUUUGUAUGGAAAUGCAAAAAGCCUUCAAGCUUGACCGCCCCCAUAGCAGUUCCGACUGAUGAAAAACCAGACAACGGCCUCCGAGACCGGACCGCCCUCAGACAUAGGCCCAUGGGUGUUUUGACUGAUGGUGAGUGAUAGAACACCUGAUCCAGAUCCGUCCAAUCAGGAUGAUGUUCAUUAUGCCAGUGUUAUACCCAGAGAGUAAAAAAUUGUAGGAAUGCUUAGAGCUUAGCAGUGGCAGCAUUUGACUUUGGACUGAAGGACUGACAUUUUGUCCUUUAGUGUUGUUAUUUCAGGAGUUUUGUUGCUAAGCAACAGCACUCCUCAGCUGGUAAUGUUACUCAUACUUCAUACUACAACAUGAAGUAAAAUGUUUAAAAGAUUUAGCCUCAAUUCAGCCACUGAACCAGCAAAGAACUCCUGUUUGAACAGCCCCAGUUAAAGCUCAGUGUGUUAUAUUUUAUAUUUUAUUGUUUAUGUAAAUGCAGGUUGUCUGAGAAGCUUCUGAAGUUUUGGGAUUGCUUUUUUAAUGAAUAGAUUUAGGAAAGAGUGAAUUCCCACCUGAAGAAAUGAAAUUUCCACUUUUAAAAUGAUUGAUUUUAAUAUUUUUUAUCUGUUAAAUCAACUGUGAGGUGGGCCUGUGCUCAACUGGAUCCAUGUUUCUUUUGUACUUACAUGUUGCACUUAAUUAUGGACUUAUAAUGCUGUUGUUUUUGAAAGAUCUUGUUACAUAUGCUGUAUGUAUAUUUUUAUAAUGUUACAUAUUGAACACCUCAGCAUGCUCCCUGCGUGUUUCCCCUUAUAUUGUCACUGUUGGACCAAAACCUUCAGAACAGUAACUUUACACGAGAAGAAAACAACAUUUGACUGUAACAUAAAUUAAUGUUGAGCCUUUAUUCUAUUUUUUUUUAUAAUUAAUUUUGGUCCUUUCAUAAUAAAAUUCAAACAGUUGAAAUUUUAAAAUUAUAUCAAAAAUAAGCAAAUGAAUAAAAAAUAUAAAAAUUAGAAACACAAGGUUUUGUUCCAAUAGGGCUGCUAUGCAGGGCUCAGUGUAAAUAUCAAAAUAAGAAUAAGUGAAUAUUCACUUCUCUUGAUUAUGCAAUAUCCAGUCCCAGUCAAAAGUCUGUACCUACUUGAUUAAAUGACUGCUUUUAAUAAUAGAAAUGACAUUUUAGGUGUUUAAACAUUUUUUUUUCUGAGUAUAAAUAGUAAAAUCAAUGCCUAAGUGUGAUUUUUUUCAAAACCUUUUGCACUUCUGUAUGUGCCUCAGUUACUAUGCUUUUAAUUUGCAUCAAAUAAAAAUAGUUGUGUUAA